AUGUAUCCGGAAGCAACACUCCUAAGAAUCGCCGUGUACGCCACUGGCCUCGGUGUCGUAUAUGUUGUGUCCCUCGCUCUCUACCGGCUUCUACUCCAUCCGUUGAGUAAAUAUCCUGGCCCAUUCACAGCCAAGCUCUCCGAUUUAUACGGCGCCUUCUAUGCCUUCCAUGCGGUUCUUCACGAGAGAACGCUAGACGACCACGCCAGAUAUGGCCCGGUAGUGAGGCAUGGACCUAACAAAUUGGUCUUUAGCUCGGUCAAGGCUUUGCGAGAUAUCUACCAAAACAACAACGUCACCAAAUCCAGGGCGUACCUGAUAUCCCAGCGAGCACCCGGCGUCUACGGCCUCUUCAACGCCAUCGACCAAUCCCUGCACCAGAAAAAGCGCAAACUCGUCGGGAGGGCUCUGGCCCCGAAAUCCCUUCAGGCAUUCGAGCCCGUCCUCAUUCAGCAGAUCGACAUCUUCAUACAACAACUACAAAGGCACUGCGGCCCAGACGGCCGCCCAGUCAACAUGACCAGCCAGACCAAGUAUCUGUUCGUCGAUGUCAUGGGCCACCUCCUGUUCAAAUACCCCCUCAACCUGCAAACCGAACCGACGCACCGGGUCCUGUCAUACUCCCGGGCCAACUUCUUCUUCAACAUCGGCAUGCAGCUCCCGUCCCUGGUGGCCCUGCGCCUAUGGGCCCUACAGUCGCUCUGGUCCGUCAUCAGCAGGAAGCGCUACCUCCGGACGCUGCAGAAGAUCAUCCUCGCCCGUCUCGCGCAGGGCCCGCACGUCAAGCAGGAACUUCUUUACAUGUCUGCCAAAUCGGCCAUUCCCCACGACGACAAGGAGUGGGUGUGUGACGUGCAGACCGAAGCGGUUUGGCACAUGCUCGCCGGCAGCGACACGACGUCGACUACGCUCAGCGCUUUAUUCUUCUACCUGGCCCGCAACCCGCGGUGCUACGGGCGACUCCGGCGCGAGAUUCGCUCCGCGUUCGCUGAAGACGGGGAUAUCCGGAGCGGCGCGGCGCUCGCGAGCUGCGUCUACUUACGCGCGUGCCUGGACGAGACGCUCCGCAUGUCGCCGGCGAUUCCGGGCACGCUCUGGCGGGAAGAGGUGUCUGGGCCCGAGGCCGAGGCGAGGAAGCUCGUUGUGGACGGCCAUGUGAUUCCGCGGGGGGUGCAUGUCGGUGUCAACACGUACUCUUUGCUUCAUAACGAAGAGUACUUUCCGGAGCCGUUUGUUUUUAGGCCUGAGCGCUGGCUGGACGCGGCGUCUGGGCAGGCGGAUAGGGAGGCGUUUGCGCCGUUUUCGCUGGGCGCGCGCGGGUGCCUGGGUAAGGGUGUCGCUUACUUGGGGACCAGUCUUGUUGUGGCCAAGACGUUGUGGCACUUUGAUUUCGAGGAGUCGCUGGGAUGUGAAGUGCAGCAGGGUCGGAAUGGGGACGAGUUUCAUAUUCGUGACAUGUUUUCUGCUGUGCAUGACGGGCCUUAUUUGACGUUUCGUGAGGUUGGUCGUGGAGGGGAGUGA